AUGGCAAUUGGAGAGCUAAAGUGGGUUUGGGAAGCGUUUCUGGUUAUUUUGGUUAUCUACACGGCAUGGGCGUCUCCAUUUGAGCUUGGGUUUCUUGAUAGACCAAGGAGGCCUAUGUCUAUUUUGGACAAUGUUGUUAAUGGAUUCUUCGCAAUUGAUAUCAUCCUCACAUUCUUCGUAGCUUACUUGGACAGAAGCACAUAUCUUUUUGUUGAUAGUAAGACCAGACAUUAUAGGGAUACAAUUCAAGCUGCUACGAGUUUUGCACAAAGGAACCAACUGCCUUCUCGCCUUCAAGAGCAGAUGAUAUCGCAUUUGUCGUUGAAGUUUAGAACUGACUCAGAGGGGCUUCAAAGACAAGACACGCUCGAUUCACUUCCAAAGGCAAUUAGGUCGAGUAUCUCGCACUACCUUUUCCACCAUUUGGUUAAUAGGGUCUACUUGUUUCGUGAAGUCUCCAAUGACUUGCUCUUUCAGCUGGUUUCUGAGAUGAGGGCAGAAUAUUUCGCUCCCAAUGAAGAUGUGAUCUUGCAGAAUGAAGCGCCAACAGACUUUUAUAUUCUGGUCAAUGGGGCAGUGGAGCUAAUAGUCAUGAAAAAUGGAGUUCCAAAUGUUGUUGGCGAGGCACGAACCGGUGAGCUUUGUGGCGAGAUUGGUGUACUUUGUUAUAGGCCUCAAUUGUUCACCGUGAGAACAAAAAAGUUAACUCAGCUAUUACGGCUGAACCGCACUACAUUUCUGAACAUUCUUCAAGCCAAUGUUGGAGAUGGGACAAUAAUCAUGAAUAACCUUUUGCAGCAUUUGAAGGAAGCGAAGGACCCGAUAAUGGAGGGGAUUUUGUUGGAUAUCGAGAAUAUGAUUGCACACGGAAGAAAGGAUCUGCCCCUCACCCUAUGUUUUGCAGCACUUAGAGGAGACGAAUCGUUGAUGCGUCAUUUGUUGAAGAGAGGUAUUGAUCCAAAUGAAUCAGACAAUAACGGAAGAACAGCUCUGCACAUUGCAGCAUCUCAAGGAAAUGAAAAUUGUGUGCUUCUUUUGCUCAACUCUGGGGCUGAUCCCAACUGCAGAGAUUCAGAAGGAAGUGUACCACUGUGGGAAGCCAUGCUCGGGGACCAUAAACCGGUCAUCAAGCUACUCUCCGACAACGGUGCCAAAUUGUCCUCUGGUGACAUAGGCAUGUUUUCUUGCACAGCGGCAGAGAACAACGACUUGGAUCUUCUUAAAGAAAUCGUCUGUCGCGAUGGGGACGUGACCUGGCCGAACCAUGAUGGCCGCCAAGCGCUUCACAUCGCUGUUUGUCAAGGCAACCUUGAAAUGGUCAAAUUUCUCCUCGACCAAGGCGCUGACUUGGACCUCGCGGAUGAAAACGGCCUCACGUCGAGGGAACUAGCCGACCAGAAGGGCCACGACGACAUCAAGGAGCUCUUCGCCUCGUAUAACAGAGUCAAGAGCGAUGCUGACGAGAAAGCACGGCCCAAUGGCGCCCGUUUCUUGGGGAGAUUCAAGAGCGAUCCGAUCAUGUUACCUGUGAAUCACGCGGACGGAUCAUGGAUCAGGUCUCGGACGACGACGAGGCGGAGAAGAACCAGCAACUACAACAACUCUCUGUUUGGGAUCAUGAGGGCAGCUGCGCAGACCGGGGACGAUGCAUUGUUGUCCCCGGUGGCACCUGCUGCCCGGGUCACGAUCACCUGCCCGGAGAAGGGAGAUGUUGCUGGGAAGCUCGUGUUGCGCCCUCGUAGCUUUGAGGAACUGAAGGAGAUUGGUGUAAAGAGAUAUGGUGCUCCCUUUGUGAGAGUGUUGAACCAAAAAGGAGCAGAGAUUGAUGAUAUUGAGGUGGUGAGAGAUGGCGAUUAUGUGGCUUUCGCGAGCCAGUUAUAGCAUAAUCAUCGGGAAUUUGGCGUCCACGGGAUGAGUGAUUGCGAAGUGGUCACCUUGUUUUCAUCCCUAUAGGUAAAUAGACUUCGCAUUCCGCUAACUCAUAGUACUUAUUAUACUCGUUAAAACUCAUACUAUGUCAAAAUGUAGGGACUGAGUAUUUGAGUUUUCAGUGAUAUUCUUUUGUUAAUAUUAACUGGAAUGCAAAGUAGAUAUACUAGUAACUUGUAGAUCAAAGAAAACUUUUUAGUAAUUUGUGUAUAACACAAUAAUAUGCAAACUUUGUAUUACACUAAUGUGGCAAUUCUCAUACCAUAUUGAUUCAAUUCAAAGAUGAUGAGUAGCUUGCCCCCUGA